ACAGGUUGGACUGGCGAUGAACAGCGCAGCUGUAGCAAAAUGUUCUGUUCGGUUUGUUGCCUUCUUCUUUUUACCGGCAGUGGCGAGACUUAGCUAAAAAGACGACAGGCAAGGAGAGAGAGGAGUAAAAUUGAAGACAAUUACAUAAACAUUGCAUUUGGAAUUUCCGUGUCUUAAAACAGAACAGGAGAAGGUGUUCUUCAGUGAGCGGUAGAGCUGCUCUGUCUCAGUCCAAUCAGAGUUCCCAGACCACCGCUCCGCCAGGUGUAUCAGACCGCUGGGAAUGACUGCGCCUUCACAACCUCACCAGGAGUGGGCGCUGGAGGACAACGCCCACAUCAACCACACAGCCAGGAGCAUCUUCCUUCCUUUAGCUAGGAGAGCCUUUCUUUCUACCUUUAGCUAGGAUAGUGUACUUUGUUUGUGUGAGUCCAGUCCUGGGUUGAGAUACAGCUUUGUUGCCGGUGAUUGGAGAAGAGAGGGAGAGCUUCCCAGACCACCAGCAGAGGAGAGACCGUGAAGACGGCUGCCCGAUCCGGAUCAGUUCACCAGAUCUUUACUCUCACUAUUGCUGGCUUAAUUACUAGUUAUCAGCUCAACCGCUGGAAGUCCAUAGGCUAAAUAUAAAGGAUAUGCAGACACACUUUCAGGACUACCCCCUGCUCAGUGUGAGUUGCUCUGUUCCCCUCCACGUCCGCUGCCGGUCUGGUGGAUGUUUUGGCGGCUCUGAGGACUGCAUGGCAGUGGAGUGAUCGUGGAGAGGCCAGGGUACCACAAACUUAUGGACUUUGACAAGAGAGGAGGAGGAGGAGGAAAGGGGGAGGCAGAGGAAGGGAAGAAGAUGUCGAAGUCCGGAGGGAGCCGGUCGGGGCAUGGCAGUCGCAGCUCGGGGAGCAACUCCGGGGUGCUCAUGGUGGGCCCUAACUUCCGGGUCGGGAAGAAGAUCGGCUGUGGGAACUUUGGAGAGCUUCGCCUCGGGAAGAACCUGUACACUAAUGAAUAUGUGGCCAUCAAACUGGAGCCCCUCAAGUCACGGGCCCCACAGCUCCACCUGGAGUACAGGUUCUAUAAGCAGCUGGGGAGUUCAGAGGGCGUCCCCCAGGUAUUCUACUUUGGGCCCUGUGGGAAGUAUAAUGCCAUGGUUCUGGAGCUGCUGGGACCCAGUCUGGAAGACCUGUUUGAUCUGUGUGACAGAACCUUCUCCCUCAAGACCGUCCUCAUGAUCGCAAUUCAGCUGAUCACGCGGAUGGAGUUCGUCCACACCAGAAGUCUGAUCUACCGGGACGUGAAGCCUGAGAACUUCCUGGUUGGCCGGCCCGGCAGCAAGCGGCAGCACACCAUCCACAUCAUCGACUUCGGCCUGGCCAAAGAGUACAUCGACCCCGAGACCAAGAAACACAUCCCUUACAGGGAGCACAAGAGCCUGACGGGCACCGCACGUUACAUGAGCGUCAAUACUCACCUGGGUAAAGAACAAAGCAGGAGAGAUGACCUGGAAGCUCUAGGUCACAUGUUCAUGUACUUCCUGCGAGGCAGUCUGCCCUGGCAAGGCCUGAAGGCAGACACUCUGAAGGAGCGCUAUCAGAAGAUAGGUGACACCAAGAGAACCACGCCCAUCGAGGUGCUGUGUGAGAGCUUCCCAGAGAUGGCCACCUACCUGCGUUAUGUGGGUUCUCUGGACUUCCUGCAGAAGCCGGACUACGACUACUUACGGAAACUCUUCACCGACCUCUUCGAUAGCAACGGCUAUGUCUUUGACUAUGAGUACGACUGGGUCGGCAAGCCACUGCCUACUCCCAUUGGUUCAGUCCCCAGUGAGACCCUUCUACAGUCCAGCAGCAGAGACAAGGCAACGCAGCAGACCAAAAACCAGUCGCCAGAACCCAAAGGAAGUGAGUCCCAGCCCACUCCAGUGACCAAUAGGGAGCUGCUGGGGUCCCAUCUAACAGCUGAUGGGCUGGGUGGCUCCGUCCAGGUGAUGAGUUCGACCAAUGGGGAGCUGAAUACAGACGAUCCGACUGCGGGCCACUCCAACACCCCCAUCACCGCCCCGGCCGAGGUGGAGGUGGCCGACGACACAAAGUGCUGCUGUUUCUUUAAGAGGAGGACGGGGCAAGGCCUCCAGAGACACUAGUGAAGAAGAGGCAAGGCCUCCGGCGACACUAGUGAAGGGGAGAGGCCUCCGGUGACACUAGUGAAGAAGAGGCAAGGCCUCCAGAGACACUAGUGAAGAAGAGGCAAGGCCUCCGGCAACACUAGUGAAGAAGGGGAGAGGCCUCCGGCGGCACUCGUAAAGGGGAGAGGCCUCCGGCGGCACUCGUAAAGGGGAGAGGCCUCCGGCGGCACUCGUAAAGGGGAGAGGCCUCCGGCGGCACUCGUGAAGGGGAGAGGCCUCCGGCGACACCAGUGAAGGGGAGAGGCCUCCGGCGACACCAGUGAAGGGGAGAGGCCUCCGGCGACACCAGUGAAGGGGAGAGGCCUCCGGCGACACCAGUGAAGGGGAGAGGCCUCCGGCGACACCAGUGAAGGGGAGAGGCCUCCGGCGACACCAGUGAAGGGGAGAGGCCUCCGGCGACACCAGUGAAGGGGAGAGGCCUCCGGCGACACCAGUGAAGGGGAGAGGCCUCCGGCGACACCAGUGAAGGGGAGAGGCCUCCGGCGACACCAGUGAAGGGGAGAGGCCUCCGGCGACACCAGUGAAGGGGAGAGGCCUCCGGCGACACCAGUGAAGGGGAGAGGCCUCCGGCGACACCAGUGAAGGGGAGAGGCCUCCGGCGACACCAGUGAAGGGGAGAGGCCUCCGGCGACACCAGUGAAGGGGAGAGGCCUCCGGCGACACCAGUGAAGGGGAGAGGCCUCCGGCGACACCAGUGAAGGGGAGAGGCCUCCGGCGACACCAGUGAAGGGGAGAGGCCUCCGGCGACACCAGUGAAGGGGAGAGGCCUCCGGCGACACCAGUGAAGGGGAGAGGCCUCCGGCGACACCAGUGAAGGGGAGAGGCCUCCGGCGACACCAGUGAAGGGGAGAGGCCUCCGGCGACACCAGUGAAGGGGAGAGGCCUCCGGCGACACCAGUGAAGGGGAGAGGCCUCCGGCGACACCAGUGAAGGGGAGAGGCCUCCGGCGACACCAGUGAAGGGGAGAGGCCUCCGGCGACACCAGUGAAGGGGAGAGGCCUCCGGCGACACCAGUGAAGGGGAGAGGCCUCCGGCGACACCAGUGAAGGGGAGAGGCCUCCGGCGACACCAGUGAAGGGGAGAGGCCUCCGGCGACACCAGUGAAGGGGAGAGGCCUCCGGCGACACCAGUGAAGGGGAGAGGCCUCCGGCGACACCAGUGAAGGGGAGAGGCCUCCGGCGACACCAGUGAAGGGGAGAGGCCUCCGGCGACACCAGUGAAGGGGAGAGGCCUCCGGCGACACCAGUGAAGGGGAGAGGCCUCCGGCGACACCAGUGAAGGGGAGAGGCCUCCGGCGACACCAGUGAAGGGGAGAGGCCUCCGGCGACACCAGUGAAGGGGAGAGGCCUCCGGCGACACCAGUGAAGGGGAGAGGCCUCCGGCGAUACUCGUGAAGAAGAGGCAAGGCCUCCAGAGACACUAGUGAAGAAGAGGCAAGGCCUCCAGAGACACUAGUGAAGGGGAGAGGCCUCCGGAGACACUCGUGAAGGAACAAGACGGACUGACGGGAGGAAAGCUGUACUGAAAUUGAGCUGAGUGCUCUACACCCUCCUAUCUCUCUCUCUUUGUACAGUUAGAGCGCUCCCUGUUGACCCUCCUGCAGUACUACAACACAGACUAAUGCCUGGUGUGAUGACCUGCCUAGUGCAGACAGACCGGCAGGACCAAACGGACCAGAACCAUGAUUGUCUGUGUGCUUGGAGCUGAGAGGAUCAGAAGAAAUUCAUGUUUAUAUUUCUAUAAUGGAUGGAUGGAUGGAUAGCGGGGCGGAAAAAUGACCCUCAUAACGGACUGAUGGAAAGAGCCAGAAAAGACCUGAGAUGCAUAAAUAAGAGAUUUCUUUAAGGACAGAAAGACUGUUGGAAACGGUUUGUGUUCCAUAUAAACGUUCUGAACUGGAGGACAGAGAAACAGACUACUGUAACACAGUAGUGAUACCAUGCUCCAUUUACCAAGUCGUUGGUAAACUCCAGUAUAACAGACAGGAAAGAAAUAGUGAAAAUGCAUGAACACCAGAAUCGGAAGAAAAAUUUCACAUGAAUACAACUUCAAUCAAGCGAUCAAGUUUAUUUUAUAUAGCCCUUCGUACAUCAGCUAAUAUCUCAAAGUGCUGUACAGAAACCCAGCCUAAAACCCCAAACAGCAAGCAAUGCAGGGGGAGAAGCACUGUGGCGAGGAAAAUUCUUUCCUUUUUUUAUUUUAAAAUGAAGUUUUGAAACCCACUGAGUUGUUGAACAGUUGUACUUCGUUGUUCUUUAGAGCAUCUUCAGGAAACAGCUUUUUUCUUCUUCUUUAUUUCAUUCUGUUUUCUCAUUUCCUGUGGAUGUUGGUGACGGAUAGUGGCUGGUCUCAGGUACUGGGGGGGGGGAGAUAAACAAAUAUUUAAUCUCUUUAAAAUUGCACUUUAGAUGGGGGGGGGGGGGAGUUCAUGGAAUUCUGGGAUUAAAGUUUAACACCGACAAACAGAAAUACAAGCAGAUGUAGGAACAUUGAAACAUUGAACUGAAAGCAGUGAACCAGUACGGUUUUAUAACUACAGGAAGCCUGUAUAAAACUGGUGUGACUCAAAUGGCACCCUACUGCCAAUAUGUUGCACUAAUGACCUAAAUCAUACGGGUCCUGGUCAAAAGUAGUUCACUAAAAGGUAAAUGGGUGCUGUUUGGGACAAGCCCUAAGCGUCAAUGGGUUUUAUGUUGCUUGUCCAAGUCAGUCACUUGGGAGUCAUAAUUUUUGCCUCUUUUUUUUUUAACGAAUGUCUCAUUUUGAAAUGUGGAACAUAUUUACGUAUCUUUUUGUAAAUGUUCUUAAUGAGCAUUCUCAACCUGUUAAAUAUCUCUGGUGACACACAGACAUGCAAUGAAAUGUGUAUAGUAGUAAAAAAAAUAAAAAUGUAUAGUUGAGACCCAAUGUCACAAUGCAUUAUGACACGGUCGUCGUCAUGUCACAACGGCUGACAUUACUUGUCACAACCCGUUGUCAAAUCAAAUUUUAUUUGUCACGUACACAGAUGUUAAUGCGAGUGUAGCGAAAUGCUUGUGCUUCUAGUUCUGACAGUGCAGUAAUAUCUAACAAUUCCCCAGCAACUACCUAAUACACACAAAUCUAAAGGGGUGAAUGAGAAUAUGUACAUAUAUGGAUGAGCGAUGGCCGAGCGGCAUAGGCAAGGUGCAAUAGAUGGUAUAAAAUACAAUAUAUACAUGUGAUAUAAGAUAUGUAAACAUUAUUAAAGUGGCAUUAUUUACAGUGA